AUGCGGCCGGGAGACGAGUUCAUCGUACCCAGCUACACCUACGUCUCUACGGUGACUUCCUUCGUGCUGCGAGGGGCCGAGCCGGUGUUUGUAGAUCUCGACAACGCCACGAUGAACAUGGACGCCGGGCUCAUCGAAGCGGCCAUCACACCGAAGACGUGGGUCAUUGUGCCGGUGCACUACGGCGGUGUGGCCUGCAACAUGGAUGCGAUUAUGGCCAUCGCUCGGCGGCACCAGCUCAUCGUCUGCGAGGAUGCCGCCAUGGCGUGCACAUCCACCUACCACGGUCGCGGUGAGGUGGAUCGCUAUCAGUGGCUCGAUCUGGGGCCCAAUGCCACCCUGUCGGAGGUCCAGGCAGCGUUCCUCUUCGCCCAGCUGCAAGCCGUCGAGACCAUCAACGGUCGGAGGCGCCAGAUCUGGCAGGAAUAUCACACGCGACUCGCCCCGUUGGUCGACAAGGGACACCUGUCCCUACCUCCGGCGGGCACCACCCACAAUCCCAACAUGUUUUACGUCCAGCUCGCGGAUGCCUCGCAGCCCCCGGCCAUGAUCGAACACCUACGCGAGGCCAGCUUCCAUGCCCAUGCCCAGUUUAUGCCGCUGCAUUCCUCCCCCGACGGUCGGGCUCAUGGUCGAUUCUCGGGAGCGGAUCGUGUUAUCACGCUGGCGAGCGCCCAGCUGCUGUUGCUGCCCAUUUAUCACUCCUUGUCGGAUGAGGAGCUGGACGUCGUCGAUCGAGCGGCAUUUGCUUUCUGGGGGGGAGGAAGCUUCAGAUGGGGUUUUCUGACGGAGAAAGGCAGACCUAUGUCUGAUUAG